UGCAGUGCUGUACCAAGGGGGUCUUCUGCCAAGCCCAGGGGAGCAGUGAUGCCAAGGCACCCCUUACAGGGCAGGUCCAUUAUACAAACCCAACACACAUCCCAAUCUUCACCUCACGAAGACCUCCUCACCUACCAACCACCUCACCGAGUAGCAUCUCCGCAUACUUCCACACCGAGACGAGCUCCACGAGCCCUCCCUCCCUCACAUUUGGGAUCUCGCCGUCGCUCGGCCCCGGCAUCCCGAGGCAGCAGCUUGUCCCCCAGGGAAGACGGCGGGGAAGGCUCGGGGGGCGCUACGGGCGGGUGCAGCCGCAGAAGAUGUCGGCGUGGUGGCGGUGGCUGCCGGGGCUGCUGUGGGGCGGCGCGGGGGGCUACGUGGUGGUCAGCUCGGUGUCCUGGCCGCUGCCCGAGGCGGCGGCGGCGGCGGGCGAGCUGCACAGCUCCUCCACCGAGGAGGCGCUGCCCACCCUGCUGGAGGAGCCGAGCGGGCUGUGGGAGCAGAGCUUCCCCGCCUCGGCUUACCGGGAGGACGCGGGGCCGGCGGCGAGGCGCCCGGGGCAGGGGGUCGCCCCGACCGCCAUGUUCUCCUACCGGCGGCACGGCCGCGCCGCCGCCGCCGCCGGCCGCUUCCUCGCCCGCCACAACGCCUGGGGCUUCGUGGCCGCCCACGGAAAGAUCCGAGGUAUGCCCUUUGGGAACUGUUUGCUUAUCAGUGACGGUCCUGUCAAUAACAGCACUGGAAUCCCUUUCUUUUACGUGACACCGAAGCAUAAUGUUGUGGCGGAUCUCCUGAAGGAUCCUGUGGCCUCUCUGACCCUGCCAGAGGCGGAUGGAAAUUUCUGCAGAAAAAAUGUAGUCGAUCUGGAGGAUCCAAGGUGUGCCAGACUGACUCUCACAGGACAGAUGGUCACGGUGCCUCCAGAGGAAACGAAAUUUGCCAAGCAAGCAAUGUUUUCUAGGCACCCAGUGAUAAGAAAGUGGCCUCGUAGCUAUGAGUGGUUCUUCAUGAAAAUGAACAUUGAGAACAUCUGGCUUCAGAGCUGGUAUGGAGGAGUUUCUGCCAUUCCAGUAGAAGAGUAUUUAAAAGCAGCUCCAAGUAAAGCUUGACUGAACGGGCUUUGAGAGAGAGAUCUUCUGAGUUUCCUUUCCAAACACUGUUAAAAUUUCAUGCUGGAUGGUUACUUUACAGUGAUUUUUUUUUGUUUGUUUGUUUUCCACAAGGCUUCAAAAUAGCUCUGUCUUACAUGGAACAGAGUGAAAAUAACCAACACAGACUUUCAAAUUAUAAGUGAGAGAUGGCACUAGCCCAACCCUGCAAUGUACAAACACGUCAUUUCAAACAGGCAAUAUAUCACCUUGAACACUGCUUACAAAUGCUUUGUAUCUGCUUGUUUGGGCUUUUUUUUUUUUUUUUUUUUUUUUUCCUUUGCACCCAAUGGGAAACUAUAGUACUUGCUAACUAUAACGUUCUGAUUUACAGAAAAAGCAAAUUGCCUAUUCAGAACCCUCUAUGUAUUGUGGAAGUAUUACUGCUGCUUGGUCUCUCAUUUUAGAAGUAUUCUAAGCUAAACCUAAUAGCUGCAACGUUAGAUAUUUAAGUUGGUAAAAAUAUUGUACUAAGGCUGUCCUCAUUUGCCAACUUAUAUUUUCUACAUGUAUUUUCCCCCAAUUACCUAAUUUGAUAUUUCGCUUGGAAAUUGAGUCGAAAGGCUCCAAAGACUCUUUUUGUGGAAAAAAUGCAAGCAGCUGAAAAAACACAGUUCAGCAUAACUUGUCUUUUACUGCCACAAAGCUGGUUAAACAUGUUAAGGGACAAAAACAGAUCAGGCUCACAAGAAUUAUCCCAAUACAACUAUAAACAUUCUUACUUAAAGAAUUUAAAUAUAAUUUAAUGUUCUCAGCUAGCCUGUUCCUGUUAUGAGACACAAAAAGUACUUCAAUAGCUUGUAGUCCCGAAUUUUUUGCACCCCAUCUCCAGCCACCGCUUUAUUUUUAACUAAUUUGUGCAACUGACUUUUGUAAACCCUCACCAACUCAUCUAGGGGUGGAGCUACUCCAUUAGCUCUGUUUUCUCACCAAGGUUUAAAGCAUUUGUUCAUGAAUUUACUUUUUAAAGUAGCCUAAAGAUAGAUACUUCAGAUCAUGAAAAUACUUUUUCUAGUGUGGAAAGUGCAAACCUGGUUGCAAACACGCUAUGCAUGUGAUAAUACCAAAAGAGUUCAAAUCGGUUUUAUUAAUCUUCAGCCAUUUCUCUAGAUGUCCUGGUAACCUUACUCUGCAAUUCCUAGGGGUGUCACAGUAAAAAAGGGCCAAUGGCUAACUGUCCAAGUCAUGACACAAUUUGAAAAAUUAUAUGGCUGUUCUCCCUGUUAGGUUAAGAGACAGAUUGAGGUGGCUUUGCUGUGCAUCCCUGGGAGGGAAGCAGAGCCCUGGGCACUACCCCACACCAAGGCAGGCAUGAGGAGUGUGAGUUUCUCAGCGAGCGACCUGAGCUUUUACAGGUUAAUCCCCGGACAGAGCUCCCAGGCAGCUCAAGGAGCUGCGACCAGCUGGAAGCCAAUUAACUGUAGCUGAGAUUAUUUUGGUUCAUGCAUGAAGAGAGAGCAUUAUUCCCUCAGCAGAGCUGGGCAACACGCUGUUUGAACUUCCAAGGGCUGCUUAGACCUUGGGUCCAAGCUCCAUGCAUCACCACCAUUCCUAGUAUUCUGCAAGAACUGAAGGAAAAUGGGGGGGGAAAGCUUUACUUAGACAUUCGCUAAGCCUUUUGUUUUCCUGUCUCGUUGCCAGUGCGUCUGUUAGCAGUGCGGAUCUUUUGCAUAGGUAAUUAUGCAAGAGGAGGUAGUGUCCUGCCUGAAUCUGUUUCCUUUAUUUUCUUGGCAGAUGAGCAAGCAGCAUUCUCCCAUACAAUUUUGGCCCUAAAUCUGGUACCAUGUACUACUGAAGCAAAAUGGCUGGCCCUGUACAGAUGUAUAGAAUGCCAUUAAGUGAAAUCCUCCUGGAUUCAUAUAUUUUUUCCAUGGAGGUCUUUCUCCACUAUGGAACAAACACUUUAACAGACACUUUGUGUGUAGAGUAUUAGGCCCUGGAAGGGAAUCUCCACAGGUGUAAACUACACACUUCUGUGCAAUUUAAUUAUACAGUUUAUCAUCCUAGUUCACUGCUGUUCCCAGAGAAACCUGAACUAAUCUUAUUCUCACCCCUCCAUGCCCCAAACACACAGAUUGAGCAAAUCCAGUGUAGGAGCUUGAUGUUUAAACAGGCUGAAGAACAGGGUAGGAAUUUUAGAGAUGUUAACUACACUUUCAUUUUCACUUGCAUUCUUAGACAGCUCGAUAACAGAAACAUGGUCCUACUGUAUACUAUCCACUACUUAUUAACACUCUUGUCUUAAAGCAGUAAUGCUUUGUAC